GAAAACCAGGGGAUAAGUCCAACCAGGUGUUGCGGGUUAUGACUGGUUAUUGGAAACCAAAAAUCCGUAAACUGACAAGAGAAUGAAUGAAGUGCAUGCGCGUUCACGUGAAGGGGAGUCAGAUUUUGAAGGGGAGUCAUAAAAUUCCACAACACCUGCAUGGAGGCUAAACAGUGUACUGGACUGGAGGUGUGGUGAAAGGUAUUUUAGCCACCCCCAAAAAUGAAUAUAAGUUUAAGUGUAAGCUGUAUUUAGAAUAUUGUAACGCUUUACUUUGCAAGAACUGAAGCCACAUGAUCUUUUAAAAACUGUACACUAACAAAACAGUAAUUUAACCAAAUUAUUCUAAUAUCUCACUCGAUGAAAUGAGGAUUUCUAUCAACCAAACUCAGAGUUGGUGGUUUUUGGAGCAGUGUAACCAAGAUGGUUUUUGCUUCAACAGGUACCUGAGGGGAGAGUGUGUGAAGAUCCAUGCAAGUUUAAUGCUGCCGGUUUCUGCAGCAGAACAAAGCCUACGGUGUUGCUUUUCAUCUCUCCCCUAUAUGGAGCAAGUAGAGCAUGAGGAGAUGGAGGACAGACCUCACAGUGAAACGGCCCUGCAGCAUCACCCCAUGCCAAAGCCGCAGAGAGCGAGGUAGAAAGACAAGCAGAGGCAGAAAAAAAAACAGAAGGAGAUGGACAUUUGAAGCAUCCGAGGUGUCUAACAAACAAGGAAUUAUCCACACACACAAAAAGGAGCAUGGGGACCCUGAGAACCACACACUACUGGCCCGAUUUCACCCGAGUUGACAUAGAGAUUUACUGAAUGUUCUGCUCUAACGAUGGCAAAUUAGAUCAGGGAAAAAAAGGAGAAGUGAGUGCAGGAUGGAUGAAGGGAGGACUGAGUGCUGUCCCUUGCAUGAAGCCAAAUUAGCAUGCACAGUAGAUCUCUUUUAUGGCGUUGGUGCUGUCCGCGGUGCUGAAAAGAUGUGGUUACACAACGGAUAAUGUUCUACUUGGACGGCAGGGGAAAGGGAAAGUGGGGAUAAAUCUCGAGAGGGGAAAAUGAAGAUUUCAGCAAGCUAUUAGCUUUGUGUUGGCCAAACCUGGCUGGGACAUGGUGGACAGGGCUGCAAAAAGGUUGUUUUAAAAAAAAAAAAAAGUGAAAGCAUUACCUCAGAAAACAAAUGACCACCAUUUAUAACAGGAUUCAAUUUCACAAAAGCAUCAAAUGUCCUCUCUCUUAAUAAAACACUUACGGCAGUGUAAUACUCUAAAUGUGUGUGUGUGUGUGUGUGUGUGUUUAGAGAUAUUCUGUGCAAGUUUGGAGGUUUAUCCUCCACUGAAAUGCACAUCCACAAAGUGCAAAUGAUAUUUUUUUAUAUGCAAUUGUUUAUCUUUCAACAACACAAUCCUGCAAUAAUCACUUUGCAUGCUCUUGUAGUUUGAAUUAUGAAUUUAAAAAAAAAACAAUAAGUGCAAAUUCUCUCUGGGAUCCGAAGAAGCGGAAGGAAAUGUUACCCGACGAGUUUUCAUUAAAAUUCAACAAGAGGCAGGCUCCGUGAGAGGUUAGAUUAUUGGCCGGCAGGCGCAUGGACACACACAUACACGCACACACACACAUAUACACACACACACACACACUUCACAGCUGGUGUGCCUUCCUCCAGCAGAGACUGACAGAAGCGGGGCGACCGCUCUAAGCUGCGAGCGCUCAUCUCUCCUCUCCUCUGCUCUGCUCUCCACCAGCGCGUCUUUUUACUGUUGACAUGAUACAAACUUUGAAGAGGUGAAAGGCAAACACGUCAAACCGCAGACAGAUCACCGUCGACAACGCGCGUCAAGAAAGGGGGAGAAAAAAAAAAAGAACCAGCAAGUCCGAGAAAAGCGGUGGAGCCUGGAGAAAGAGGGAGCUAUGCCAUCUCCCGUUGAGCAGAGCCCAGUCCUCCUCUGUUGUGUGUCGGAGCUGCAGCAUGGUGUCUCUCUCUGGACUCUGGACCUACUGCCUCGCCCCCGGGAGACCUCAUCUCCUUUUCCUCUCUGCCCGACCGCUCCUGCUGCUUCUUUUAUUAACGGUCUUCUGCUCCCCGGAGUCCUGCUUCCCGCACCCACAGCCUUGCCACAUCCUCGCCCGGAUAGGACACACCGUGCGCCUCGGUGCGCUCUUGCCGACCCGUCAGCCGGCACGGAUACAAAACGCGCUCAACCGCGCCCUGGCUAGCCUCCGGCACCAGACUGGAGGUGCAGACUCUUCCACGACGACCUCCCAAACACCCCCUCUGCUGCCCUAUAACCUGAGCCUGGAGAUGGUGGCUCGAUCGCCCGCGGGAGGCGACCCGGAGUCGUUGUCCCGUAGCGCCUGCCAGGACCUGGUGGUCAGAGGGGUGUCUGCUGUGCUUGCCUUCCCCCGCUCCAGGGAGGAGCUGAUCCAGGUGGAGUUCCUCUCGUCUUUUCUGGAAAUCCCCUUCAUCUCCAUCCUGGAGGACACAGAACCUCUCGUCACCAAGAACCGAUUCCACCUGCAGAUGUCUGCCCGCGUGCCUCCAUCAACCCUGGGCAGCCUGCUGCUGGCGGUCUUGCAGGGAAAAGAUGGGGACAGAGACAGAGGGAGCCGAGGGGAAGGCAGCUGGGGAGGAGCAGCUGUGAUCUGCCCUGGUUGGGAGGAGGGGGGUGAUGGGUUGCUGUCUCACCUGCAGACCCACAGCGGGCCUACCUGGCAUUUGUGGGAUAUCAUCAACCUCACACGUAUCUCCGGGGCAGGAGACAGAAGAGGGGAGACCAGCGAGGAGAGGAGGGAGGAUCAGAGGGAAGAGGAGGCUUUGAAGAUCCUAUCAGCUCGCUUCCUGCGCUCCCCUUCACCCAUAUCCUCAGUUCUCCUCCUGGGAUCUGACCCUGAGUGUGUGUCCUCUGUCCUGCGGGCCGCUCAGCGCCUCGCUCCAUCAUUUCCAGCACUGCAGUGGAUCAUGGGAUAUCCCUUGUCUCCGGAUUCGCUCCACACUCUAGGAGGUCCCCUUGGACUAUUAGCCUACGGGGAGGUCGGCCGCAAGCCAAUCAGCUUCUACAUUCGGGAUGCUUUGCAGUUGAUUGGUCGUGCGGUCACUGCAGCCACCAUGGUGAGGCCGGACUUGGCGCUGAUUCAGAACAUGGUGAAUUGUUACGACAAACCCAACCGACGUGAGCUGCCCUCUUCAGGACAAUAUCUGGCCAGGUUUCUCUCCAACACUUCCUUCACCGGGGCCACAGGCCUGAUCCAAGUGGAUGCCGGCCUCUCUCGGAUCUUCUCCUCACAGUUGUUUCAUGUAUGGAGCCUGAAGAGGGGGGCGCUUGGCCAGCCGGCCUGGGUGACUGUAGGUCAGUGGACCAGAGGCAGGCUGGAGUUAGAAGGGGGGAUCCUGGGAUUGGUGGGUGGGUUCAGGAGCAACCAGGGACAAGGUCUUGGAGCUGGGGUGAGAGGAGGGGACGGCCAAGGGGAUAGUUACGUUGGUGAACGCUGGAGGCCUGGACUUUCUGUUGAGGGACACCGCCUGAGGGUGGUGACACUGGUGGAACACCCAUUUGUCUUUACACGGGAGGUGGAUGCGGAUGGCUUGUGUCCAGCUGGUCAGCUUUGUCUGGACCCCAAAACCAACCGGACAGACAUAGUCAACGGCCUCUUCAACCAGCUGCACAACCCAAACGCUACAACUACAGAAUGGGACGGCAUUGAGCUACCGGAAGACCUGAGAAAGUGCUGCUACGGGUACUGCAUCGACUUGUUGGAGAAACUGGCAGAAGACAUGGGUUUCGCCUUUGACCUUUAUAUUGUGGGAGACGGAAAGUACGGAGCAUUGAGCGGGACGGGGCGCUGGACGGGGCUGGUUGGGGACCUGCUGAGCGGAACCGCUGACAUGGCUGUCACCUCUUUCUCCAUCAAUUCAGCCAGGAGCAGAGUCAUCGAUUUCACCUCGCCCUUCUACUCAACCAGCCUGGGCAUUCUGGUUCGUAGCAGGGACACUGCAGCUCCAAUUGGAGCCUUCAUGUGGCCUCUCCACUGGUCCAUGUGGGUGGGUAUUUUCGUCACCUUGCAUCUCACCGCGCUCUUCCUCACCUUGUACGAGUGGAACAGCCCCUUCGGUAUGACACCCCAUGGCAGGAACAGACUGCGGGUGUUCUCCUACUCCUCUGCCCUCAAUCUCUGCUACGCCAUACUGUUUGGACGCACUGUCGCCACCAAGACUCCUAAAUGCUGGACCGGACGCUUCCUGAUGAACCUUUGGGCCAUCUUCUGCCUACUGGUACUGUCCAGCUAUACUGCCAACCUAGCUGCAGUCAUGGUCGGGGAGAAGACCUUCGAACAGGUCUCGGGAAUUCACGACGACAAGCUGCACCAUCCCUCCAUGGGCUUCCGAUUUGGGACAGUGAGAGAGAGCAGCGCCGAGGAUUACAUGAAAAAGAGCUUCCCGGAGAUGCACGACUACAUGAGACGCUUUAACCAGCCCACCACCCCAGAAGGUGUACACAUGUUAAAGACAGAUCCUCCUAUGCUGGAUGCGUUCAUCAUGGACAAAGCCCUGUUGGACUUUGAGGUCUCUAUCGACGCGGACUGCAAACUUCUCACUGUGGGGAAGCCUUUCGCCAUUGAAGGCUACGGUAUUGGCUUGCCCCAGGGUUCUCCCCUAACCCGUAAUGUGUCAGAAUUCGUGAGUCGCUACAAGUCGGACGGCUUCAUGGACAUGCUACAUGACAAAUGGUACAAGGUGGUGCCCUGCGGGAAGAGAGUGUUUGCAGUCACUGAGACACUACAGAUGGGGAUCCAGCACUUUUCGGGCCUGUUUGUGCUCCUGUGCAUGGGGGUGGGUGGAGCCUUGCUGACCUUGGCAGGUGAACACACCUUCUAUCACCUGGUCAUCCCGCGCCUCCGACGCACGCACACACUGCAGUACUGGCUGCACACCAGCCAGAAAAUCCACAGAGCCCUCCACACCACGUACGAGGAUGUCGGGAAAGAGCUGACGGGCCUCGACGAAAACCCCUCCUCUUGUAUCUCAGAGAACUGCACCCUCCACAGGAAGCAGCAUCAGCCUCCUCCUCCAUCUCCUCCCCUGUCCCCCAAUGCUUCCACUACAGCUGGAGACACCGGCAGCUCCACAUCAUCUCAUGAACCCAAGGAGAAACGUGUGCACUUUGACCUGGAGACCCUCCACAGCUACCGCCUGCGCACACACACCGCCUCUGUGCGUGGCAGGCCCGGUAUGGUCGGCCGUCCCGGGCUCGGUCUAGGAGGGUUAGGGCUUGGUACCCUGGGGAGUUUUGCCGCCCCUCCUCAGAUUAGCCUCCACGCCAACGGAGGCCCCGUCUCUACACUGGCCUCCACGGGCUUGGUGCUGUCUCCUCUUGGAAGCAGGGCUGCUCAGACGAGCAUGUGGGAAGGGGAGCUCCAGGACCUGCAGGGGAAGAUUGAGAUGUUUCGUACACAGCUGAGAGAGGCUCUGGCCAGGAGGGCUGAGAUCCAGACCAGCCUGGAGAGAGAGAGGAGUGGACUUGUGCGCAGGGAUACCAGUCUGGAGAGGGAAAGAGACAGACAGAGGAUACAAACUAUUAACACAGACAGAAGUAGCUCCACUCAGCCGAAACUCCCUGAGAGAGACAGGACCAGCCAACUGCAAACCCUGAAUAAUCAACAGUCGGGGAGGGCUAACCAAUCAGGCGGUCUUGUAACUCUGGAGCAUGGGAGAAGCAGCCAAUUAAACACUGUUAACAGUUUGGACAGAGGAAGAGCCAACCAGUUACGCUCUGUUAAUACUUUGACGGGAGAGAGAACUGUCCAGUCACGCACUUCCACCAGUUUGGAGCGAAGUCGAGUCCACCAACCAGGUGCUGGAAACAUAACUGUCCAAUCACGGAACACUUCUAGCCUGGACAGACAGAAGGCUAACCUAUCGAGCACUCUGAACACUUUGGAGAGGACAAAAGCCAACCAAUCAAGUGUAAGCAGUGGGACUUGAUUGUCUUUGUAGAAGGCCCUGAUGUGUCGGGCAGCAGACGGAGCGGUACGGUCGGUGCUGGCAUAGCCGUGGGAAGAUGGCUCUGUUGGAAUGGGUUAGGUUUUAGGGGGACGCUUGCUGAAAAAUGACAGUAUAUGUUAACUCACACCAUUACUUACUGCAACCUAAUAAUUUCACACUUCAGAGUUAUUUCCACACUCGCUUAAAAUGACAACUAAAAACUUUUUAACUGCAAUUUCAGAACUGUGAAUUGUCUACAUUAUCCAUGAAAUAACAAAUAAGUGAUGUAAUCUUGUGUAAAUGAGAGCAAACGUGAUUUACAGUUAAAGCUGAAUAUACAUUCACAUGAAAACCAGACCGUCUGGUUUAAAACGCAGUGCUUAAUUGAGGGAGACCGGUGGUUCACAUGAGGAACCGCGAACCAGGGCUGUCUGAAAACGUACGAGCUUAUGAGCUAAAACAAAAGCACGGCCUGUUAUACCGGCUCUAGAGGCCUAACAAGCACACAGAAACAUCAGCGACAAGAGCACAGAGAAAUCAAAGUCAGCCCAACGUCGAGAAGAAAGAAAACUAUUUGAAAAUGCACAUGCAACAUCCGUGUUAACUGAGUGCCAGCAGCAAGAGGUGAAGAUGCAAAAAUAUAUAUAUAUAUAUAUUUUAAGUAAUAAUCUCCCAAAAAUGUGAAUGAUAAAUAAAAGAAAAGUGGUACAGCCCUAAAUCAAUGUACCUAAUGAUCCCAUGAAUUAAAAAAAAAAAGCCUUUUGUGUGUUGGUACCUUUUAUCUUUGUGUGUAUCGUCCUCUCGUCUAACGCCGCUGUGUCCAAAAAAAAAAGCAUUUUUUAAAAUCUUUUCUAGCAAAAUUUCACUCUCGGAAAAAAUGUGUCAAAAACUACAAAAGCUGCCUUGCAAACUGAGCCGUUCCCAAACAGACGCUUUGAGAUGGUAAUUUUCCUCUGUGAUUUGAUGGGUUCCAUAUAAAUAAAGAAAAGGGGUACGGUGCUAGGCCAGGAGAAAAAUUCACAUGAAUGGAAAGAGCUUCAUUAUGCUCUCUGUAGUGGAAUAGAUUCUGGCCGUUUGGAUCCAAAUACACACCUCCAGCCCAUUUUAUGGCUGCUUAAGUCAAGGUUGCAUGCCAUUUAAAUUGUUUUGUCCACAUUGACACCUUGUGG